AUGAAAGUAUACCGUGAUGAUUGUUUGUCGGCUCUUUGUCGUUUGGAUGGAUGGACUUGUGUGUUCGCUCGAAUUGUAUCGGUUGAACCUUUGGAGGUGGAGGAUGGCACGAGUCGGCUUCUCUUGAGCAGUAUCGCUCAAGAUGUUCUUUUUGAAGAUGUUCGCUGUGGCGAUUAUUGUUACUUACUGCUCGAUACCACUAUUCGACCAAUUCAAUGCAUCCGUAUUACUGUCGUACCAGUUGAAAUUGCUCCACUUGCUCAUUAUCAACUAAAGCUUGUUCGGGAUUUGGAGGAAGGACAGUUCAGUGUACGGCUAUAA